AAGCAGAAGCGUCAGAGGCAACAGACAAGUAACACUCCAGACAGGCGAAGCAUCAUUCAUCUGUCCAGCUCUGUUGUCAUCAUUUCAUCCAGCUUUUAAAAGGAGCAAAAACCGAAGGGACGAUCUGUUGAAGAAUUCACGGCAACAUCGAUUCUGACAUGCACUUUGAUAAAUGUGAGUUUGUGAGCUUUUAUUUUGUAAUUUAUGGCCAUGGAUGCCAUUGGUUUGUUUGCAUCUUCUGUGUUCAUGUACCUCAAUGCUGGAGAGUUUAACAGUUAUGAGACCUUUACUGAGACGUUUUGCCUGAUUGGUCUGUUAAAAAAAAAAAAAACAAACAUAAUUUUUAACAGUAAAUAACCCAUGUUGUUCUCUGAAUUGAUUUGUAUUCUUCAGGUGAGUUAUAUUGUUGUAAUGAAAGGGCUAAUUUAAUUCAUGAGCUAACAGCAUUACACAUGCAUCUUAAAAACAUUAAAUGGCUUUCAUUUACUUUAUUCAGGAUUUUUGAUUCAAAAUCUGACUGACAGUCCUCCGCUUAUUUUAACGUGAUAUUGUGAUUCAAUUAUCAUUGAAACCUAAGUUGAAACACGUCUCUAUUACAGUGUAUGGUUGAACGAUACCUCAUUCUGUCUCUUUCUCGGUUUUCGCUGAAAGAAAACAAGGUUCGGGUGAAUCCAAAAGUUGGGACAUCAUGUGGGGAAACCCUUAACACCCCCACCCCUGCUUUGCCUGUUUUCGUUUCCCCUUUUUACCAAUGCCAGACAAGCUAAUUGCGUGACGUAACAACCCUUUUUUUUUCUACUUCAUGCUUUCUUUAACACAGGCUAAAGCUGUUCCAUGUUGUGUUUAGUGCUCUGGGUCUGUUAGACCACAAAAAUGAGGAACUUUGCUAUGCAAUGCUCCUUUUUUUUUCAUUGCAGAGAGAGACCAAAACAGAAAGGUCGUCGGAAUCCCCGACCUCCCACACAAAAAUAUGAGUCAGUGUCCAGGGGUUUCCACAAAUCCUAUUUGAAUAAGGCAGAGAAGCCCAAAGUAGUGCGGGGGUGGUCACUGUAAAAGCCCUGAAUUAAAGGUUUGGAGGCAAAGUGUCUGCACGCUCUUGGAAAAUCCACAAUAACCUUUCAUGAGGUUAUUAUCAGCUGAUAGAGAUACUGGCCAAAUGCCAUCUUUUAGUUGACUCAACUAUGUAGACUGUUCUGCUGUAGCAUUACUUCAUAUUUAAAAGGUCAAAGGUGACAUAUGCUUGUAAAGAUCAAAUGAGUCAGGACUGAGUGAACUAUAGUAACACCUUCUAAGCCUGAAAAUGAAACUUGUUGUCAUUUUGUUGUACUGAAUGAUGUCAUUUGUUCUCGUGAAGUGACUUAUAUUGUAAGGUUACACUCAGCAGCACAAUAGAUGAUUGUUCAGGGGAUUAUCAGCUGGAAGUGAGAGUGUUGUUCCAGGUUAUGAAAACUGUUAAAAUCUAAAUAAGUGAGUCUACAAGCUCACCACUCUGUCGCUGACUAGAUUUGCAUAUUUCUUUCAGAAGUGCAACCUCUUUGUGUUGAUUCUGCUAAACAGAGCUGUCUCGUCUCUGUCUCGUCUCUGUGUUUCCCAGCACAGCAGCUGGCAUUCGCAGCCUUUAAAAGAAACAGAGAAUUAACAAAAGAACUUGUCACAUCUCUUCGUCGCUGCCUCCCCGACAAGUCGGCAGAAUAGAAAGCACAGGGCUCCGACACGUGUUUUGGUGACGUGCUGUGACACACCAAAGGCAGGAAGAUGUGGUUUCCCUUUCUGUUAGCGUAACGGAGCGAGACAGGAAGAUGUCAUAGAAAAUGAGCAGUGGCAAUCCCAAUGGUACAGAUUUUCUGAUGAAUUAGUCUGUUUGCAUGGCCACAAAGUCUGCGUUCCUAAUGGAGGAGGUUUUCUUAGUCUUAUCUCUGCACACUGGUUCCACACACCCGGUGGAAAUAUCAUUUUAUCUUUUGUGUCGAAAAGUUUUUGAGGAAACUAACCUGUGUGGUUGAAUCAGAACUGUAUUCUGUGAUAUUUUUCCUAUUUAUCUCAUCGUCUUGUCCUGUUUUCAUGGAAAUGUUACCUUUAUCAAAGAAGAGGGAAAACACGCUCAUGGUUUUAUGGAUUUUAUACAGACAUACUCAGUCUUGACAAGAGCAAAACAAAGCCUACAUGGAGCAAAUGAGUGUACAGUAGUCUCCAUAUGCUAUGUAUUAAAUAUCAUAUCACCCCAUGAGUUAUUAAAAAAACCACCACCUAUGCAUAAAUCACAAUUUAUGACUAAUUUCCACAGUUUCACACGGGUAAUCCUAUUAUUUUAUGGUGUAUUUGUUGAUAAUGUAUGACUUUUAACUUCUUUUUGGUCUUCCCCCCAGUAGUUUGACCAAAUAGUUCACUGUCUUCUAUGUGUGCAGAUUUACUUUCUUUUGUUUACUUUUUAACUGAAAUUAACUGGAAUCACUUUGGGCUCUGGGGAUGUGUAACUUUCUUUAUUUUCAUGUCAUAAAAUUGACUUAAGAAUUUAUCUGUACCCUCAAAAAAUAUAUACAACACUUAAACAAACACUGAAAAAAAAUAAGAAAGAAAAAAUCCUUGGUUACAGCUCUCACUGUUCAUCGAGACAAAAAUAUCUGAUUUUACAAAGUCAAUAUUUGCUAAAAUACUUGUGGCAUUUUCAUUAUUUAUUUAUUUAUUUAUUUUCUUCAGCAACAAAGGAGAAGCCGUGUUGCACUCUGCCCACUGUGAAAAAGCUCCUGGAGCAGAAAAGAAGACGUGAGACGUCCUCUGUGCCGCCCUCCUGCCCCACAGCCAGCACGAGUCCUGCUCUUCAGUCUGCUGCCACAGUAAGAGCGCGCGCACACACACACACACACACACUAGAGAAAAAUCUCUCACUAAAUACUCUGUCCGGGAAAUGUAAUGGCUUACAAUUUCUCUUUCUUCCCCCUGUAGUUGUCUUCAUCAGAGCUGUUCCCUUGUACAGGUAAGAGCAGAGCAACUCUAGAACAGCUCUCAAAUUCAGCGAUGCUUGUAUGUUUCUUGUGUGCAAACAGAAAAAUAAUUCACUGGGCUUAUGAACCUUAUUCCUACAGGUAGAGUCCUCAUGUUUUCUGCUUAAGAGCACCAGUGUUGUCCAAAAGACUACAAUCAGUCUUCCACAAUGUUGCUCUGAGCUUUAUGAUCCCCCAUUGUGACGAACAGCACAAUAACUUAUCUUAUACUCAGUUCCUUUUACCCCUUAUAUCCUGCUACCAUACAGGGAUGUGUAGAGGAACUAAUGCGCCAGAUUUAUGGCAGAAAAUAGUGCCCAAGAAAUUCUUUGUAUACUAAUGUAGAUAUACAGAAGAAGAUGCCAAUAUGAACAAAAAUGUAAAUCUCUUUUCAGUAAUUGUAACUUGAUUUUUUUAAAAUGUAUUUUCGUGACAUUAUUCCACAGUACAGCUCGAUUAAAUCUGGCUGACUUUUCAUUAGGUGCAUCAAGCAGCUACUCAGACAUGGCAGUGAGCUUUGAACAGUGGACUCCAGCACCAGAGUCUUCACUCAAUUAUUACAGCAGCCUGCCAGGAUCCAACUUUGCUGCCACCUACAGCCACCCAAUUGCACCUGAAUACGCACAGCAGCAGCUCCAGGGGCUCGGAGACACAAUGCCUCAGUCAUAUGUAAGAGAAAUAGCUCUCUGUGUACUCCUUACUCAUAAAGUAUAAAACAAAAUUUGAUGUGUUUGUUAUUUACUUUAAAUAAUAAAGCUGUACCUUUUAUUUUUUAUUUUAGCAGGAGUGUCCACUCCUGGUCUCAGAUCCCAGUAUGUCUUCUCCUUGGCCUUUUCUGGGUUCUAGUCAGACCACACAGAUGAGUUUUGGUUCAACGAUGGAUGUCACUAAGCUGGAGAAGGCCAGGAUGCUGGUUAGUGGGAUGGACUACAGCAGAGCCACCAGGCAGGAUGAAGAUGGAGAUACGUAAGUAUCUUAGAAAAAAGCAUAAAUCAAACAUUCAAACAUUCACAACUGCUUGCACUCAUGAUCUAGGCACAUAGUGCACGGUUUAUUGACUUCCAUGAAAGUCUCGUUUACAGUAAUUAGUCAGAAGUGAGAGAUACACCUGGUAGUCGUAGAAAGAUUAACCAAAAGUUGUCAGUGAGCCAGACAUGCAUUUGAAGAUUAGAAACUCAGAUGAAAUUGAGGAACCGUGAGGAGGGAUAGUGUGAAACUGGUUGAUGGGAUGACUAAGAUUCCUUUGCACUGAUAUGUGCUCUUGUUCUGUCAGCAUCCUGCACAUCUACACAGCUAAGGGGCUCAGGGAGUGUGCCUAUGCUGCAGCAGAGAGGCUGAGAGAAGUCGGCAGACUGGAUGCCAAAGAACACAAGGGAAAGGUAAGAACAAGAAAACCACACACAAUCUUCAGAAAGAGUCCAAACUUUGCUUUUUUAAUCCAGAAACUUAAGCAAAAGAUGAUACAGUACCGGGCAAAACUAUAUACCUCAUACAGACCCCCCCCCCCCCACACACACACACACACACACACACACACACACACACACACAAAACAGUAUCAUUUAUACUGGCUGGCCUAUUGGAAUAAACCCAAUCUUCAUGAGUUUUUACCCCUCUUUAGAAAAAUUCACUUGUAAUUUGAGUUUUGCAGACUAACUCUUUUACAAAUGCUAAUUUAAAUCACUUUUACUGCAUCUUUUCCCCCAGUUACUCAUUUGAAUGGUGGAUAUUUCAUUGUAGCCUAUGAUAUAAGAUUUUAUUUUGAAAUUAGUCUUGAUGAAUUAAAACUGGAAGUUUUAAAAGCUGUUAUUCUUAAAAUAUGUGUGUGCUCAUGUGCAGACUGCUUUACUUGUGGCUGUGACGGCAAACCAGCCAGAGAUUGUGGAAGACCUGCUGUCAUUAGGAGCCGACAUCAAUGCUUGGGAAGUAACAGGGCAGACUGCUCUUCAUCUGGCUGCCCACUAUGGUUUACCUGGGGUCCUGCAGGUAAUCAGACUACUGACCCUCUCUGGCAAGACUGACCAUUUGGUCAGCAAAGUUAGGUUCACUGACCAAAUAUGAACAAUCAUCUUUUAUUUUGAAGGUAAUUCUGACCUGUAGGCCAGAUGUCAACCUGGAGGCCCGCAACUUUGAAGGUAGUUUAAAGUUUUACUUGCUAUUUAGGUUUUUUCUUCUGCAACCAUUUAUACUGUAAUAAUUAACAAAUUGUUUCAUUAUAUUGUAGAUCAUAUAGGCUACAACCAAAAUACAUUAGAAUUUCACAAGGUCUUAAAUACCAAACUCAAAUGAUUUUCAUUUUUGGACCCUAAAUACACAUGUAACAUUGUCCUCUUCUGUGUCUCAGGUAUGACUCCCCUGCACUGUGCAGCGAUUUCGCACUGUGUCACCAUAAAGGCUCUGUCCAGCAGCGUCAUGCCAGAUGUUACUCUGCAGACCAAGGCUGAGGAGAAGCUCUCCUGUGUGCAGAUGCUCCUAAAUGCAAGGGCUUCUCUGCUAAGCCAGGUACUGCAAACACUCUGUCUUUUAUUAGUUUCAAGUCGGCUUCUUGGCUGAAAAGCGGGUCAUGUUUGGUAAAUGUGUCACAGAACACUAGUAUGUAAAUAGGCAGGUUAGUAUUAAGUCUGACAGAAAUCAGGUUCACAUAUUUGAGUCCAGUAUGCUAAACCCUGAGUUAAUCGGGGACAUUGCUGCUUUGAUCUACCCUUAAUGAAGUCAUCACUUAGUGCUAAUGAUUCCCCACCCAACUCUCUCUUUUGUUUUACAGUAGUAAAUGUCCCACUCUGACUUGUGGUCUUAUUGAUUUUCAUUUUUUCUUUCGAUAUUGCUAAUACUCCGCUUUCAGGAAAUCAAGAGUAACAAGACAGUGUUACACUUGGCUGUGAAGGAGGGCAACAUCGACCUUGUGCGUUAUCUGCUCAGGAUUCCCCUGCAGAACAUGAAAGACUUUGUCAACCUGAAAGUGAGUCCCACUCACCACAACAUUCAAAACUGAAAUAUGAAUACACAUGUGUUUGUUUGUUUGUUUGCCUGAACACACCUCACUGUAAAAAGUCUGAGUUAUGCUGCAUUUCCCCCCCACAGGCUCAUGGUCACACAGCUUUGCAUAUGGCAGCUGGUCUCCAUGGUAACCCCCACCAGGCGGAGAUCCUGCGGCUGCUGCUGAGCCGAGGAGCUGAUCCCAGCAUCCGCAACUUGGAGAAUGACCAGGCAGCUCACCUGCUGCAGAGUGGCCUCCAGGGAGAGCAGGUGAGCACACACAUCUGCACUCUACAACCCAUACACUUUCUCAUUCUUAAUGUCUUCUUCCUCUUAAUUUAUCGUUAAACGCUCUUUUUCUCCCAGCUUAAGCUCAUGCUGAAGAAAAGAAAUGCCUCUUCUCGUCGACGUAACAUGUCCUUGCAGGACCAGGAAUGACUUAAACCACUUGUAAUCCCUGUUUGAAGGGAAAGAGUCUUAAGGACAUUACCUCUGUUUGGAAGCAGAUUUAUGUUCAGUUUUUCUGGGAGUCACUGGCUUAUAAAUCGUGCUCAAAGUAGUUUGUAGAAUUAUACUCUGAAUAUAAUUCACAUUGGAUUGGACAGAUGUUGUUUUAAUGCAUCAAGUUUAAGGCUAUUUAGUGCCUGUGAUGUGUGUUGAUUUAUUUAUUUCACCUAUUAACACGUAAAGAAUUUCACUCAAAAAGAAUUUAUGGCCUCCAUUUUAUAUUCUUACUAUUGCUCAGAAGUAGCAUUAUCUUUUUAUUUAUUUAGAUACGUAAAGAAGAUUUUAGAGACAUUGAGAGAAAAUGUUAUGAAAUUGUUGUUAAGCACUUGUAUUUAACAGAAGUGAAAAGUUAUAAGAGUUAAAAAACCUAAAAAAGAAGGUUCUCUGGAAGGUGAAGUAACGCUCAUUUUCCCAACAAGCUACACUCCCAGUUUCAUGUAGAUUUCUGUGAAAUCAUCUCUAUGACCUCAAGGACAAUGUCCCUGAAAGCCCCCUGACUCUCAUGUUAAAACCCCCAUCAUGAUCAGUUAUCAUAUU